CGUCGUUUGUAAACAAUCGAAAAUCGGGAAAAUAUGGCAUCGUUUUAAAUGCAAACUCGUAAGUACGUGAACCCAACUCAAUUUGACAUCCAAAAAGGCGAAGUUAUUCAAACUAAGCCAGGAAUCGAUGCCAAAUGGAACCGUUCUACUGGGGCAGAGUGUUAACUGUUGGCAAAGACGUGCCGUCGGCGAGUGUCCAAGUUGGUAUGGACGUUCGGGGUGACCCAGUAUACGUCGCCCAAGUGCAAGAACAUCAAUUUAGCUCCCCGACAAUCGCCAAAUACAUUCCCGCCAGGCGCUAUCUGGCAAGCCCUUCCAACGGAGAAGAAAAGACCCAUAUCGGAUUUCAGGCGCUUUGUGAAAGGGAACUUGACUGGGUUCUGGUGACGGAUGGACAGGUUCCAAAGGGCGCCGUGUACGGGGGAAACGCCCCAGGCGGUGACACGUUGCAUAUAGGGCGCGUUCGUUUCGAAAACUCGCUGAUUGUGGGAAAAGUUCACCGGGGGUUGUGCUAUAUCGUAAACAACGGCAAAGAGGAGGGGCACAACGAGUACGAAGUUCUCGUUCUUGAGGAAACGUCAUAUAAUUAUUAUGAAUAGUUGUUAACGUUUCACUAUUUGUUCGGAGUUUUGCAGGUUGGAAGAAUAAAACGUGGAAUUCGCAGUUUUAAUUUAUAUUCUUUUCUUUACAACAAGAAAUCUAAUCAACAAAUCUAUCGACGACAAGCUCCCGCUUGCAUCUAAUCCUAA